AUGAAUGUAACUCAGGUGGGUGCCGGCCUGGCGGACAAGACAAGCCAGCAUCUCCCAUUCAGUGGCAGGUGUGUCAUGUCAUGCUGUGUGUUGUGUUCAGUUGAAGGAACAGACGGCGGGCGUGGAGCGGCGCGUGGACCAGCUGCUGCAGCUCCACUCGGAGGUAUAUAUGUGAUAUAUGACUAACGCACCCGACACGACAUACACAGCCAAUUAAUGGCAAAAUAUGGGGCGCCCAUUGAACGGUGUCUGAGUCUAGAGUUCGUUUCUGCAAUUUGCUGGUGGGCUGUGGGUGGGCGCAUCAGGUCAGUCAGUGCUAUCGUCUCCGAGAUCAAGCACCUCUCGAGGUACACAUCCACACCCCGAAGCAGAUAGCUCCGGUCGUGCUGGUUGAAUGAAUGACAGGGCUACAAGACGACCGAAGUGGAGUUGUGGCACAAGGACGACUUGGCUCAGCAGGCACUUCUCGACCUCAGUGGAGUUUUGUCUCCCGCCAGAAUGCCGCCACAUAGGUAGGAAACACACCUCAGACACACGGAAGCCCACGACCUAUCUUGAGUGCCUGUCUGUUCGGCUGUGUAUGUAUGGCCUGUCUGUCUGUCAGAUCAUUUGUCGGCGGCACGCGGCCCUGACUGACGGUGUGUACUAUGUAGAGUGGUGGUGGCAAGACGGAUAGAUGAGCGAGUGGCUGGCUGGCUGGCUGGCUGGCCUCACAGCACGACCACCCACGGAAGGACGACCUGUGGUGGAUGGAUGGAUGGAUGGCUUGAAUGCUGCUGUCGUGCGCACAACCAACCACUGAUGCAUUCGUGUGUAUACUCACUCGGUGGUGUAUACUCAAUUGGCUGACGGCGUGUGGUUCUACCAGAUGGUGCGAGUGACCGA